GAGCCCGUGCAGAGCUUCAGAUCCAUGGACGCGGAGCAAAGUGCCAGGGCCAUGUCAGGCGGUCCGCCCAUGAAGGCGACCCAGACGCGGCACAUGGAGCGGCUGAACCGCUUCCUGAAAAGUGUCGAAGACAACAACGCUGUGCUGCGGGGGGAAGUGCUUAGCCGCAGAUUGGAACUUUGA